AUGAAAAGCGAACUGAAUUGGAGCCAGCAGAGAAUCAGUGGAGCAAAGGCCUUUUGCCAAGACAAGGAGGGCUACACCAGGAGAAAUCUCUACGACAAAGUCUUGGAGUUUUGGGUUACAGUGCGUGAGAGGGGAAGCAGGGAGCAGCUGCGAGAAGAGGAGACCCGGACCACUUCCUCCUCCAAGGCUGACGCGCCUGUGGAGAUUGAUGGCAAGGCAUUCGAUGAUGUCAAAGCCUACGAAGCUCGCACGGCAGCCCUUCCCCCUGCUGAGAAAGGUGUUGAGGAUGAUCCAACGUUGCCACAGAACCAGAACAGAGAGCACCUCAGAAAGUUUAUGGAGUCCAUCUUGAAAAGUGUGACCAAAAUGAAGAUGUUGAAGCGUGACAUCACCGGAAACUAUACUGCUGCCUCUGGUGAUCAGUCUCUGAAGUUGCUGAACGACCACAUCAGCAAAUUGGAGAAGGAAUAUGAUACGCUGCAGGAAGAGGUCGCCAAAGGAGAGACUUCCAACUUUGGCAGCGGGUGGUGGGCUGGUGCGCAGGCAAAAAUGAAGACUGCUACUUUUGUGUGUAGCCGAGCCUCUGCGACCGAAGUGAAGGUCCGGAAGGACAAACCCUUCAUGGAGAAGCUGGAUGAGGGGGAGAACAAGCCCAAGCCGAACAAACGGCGGCCCAGCACCAAGCGUAGCACAGAGUCAGAUGCAAAGCCGGACACCAAUGCUGAACCGAGUGCAGGGCCAGGCCUGCGACGCUUCGUUCAAGAGGUACCUUGCUCUGUGGCGAUUAGAAGUGCACGAGCUGUGAUUGAGGAGGUCCCAGAAGCUGCAGCUUCCACCAUAGCUUCUUUAGGCCGAUGUGACGAAAGAAACCCCGAACGUGAUGUUCACCGUGUUGCUCAUCACUACAAGCUGUCUAUUCCCAUUCCUUUGACUGACAUCAGAGUUGGGGACCACAAAAUUCCAGUCUUGAUGAUGAGUGAUUGGGCCCGAUACAUCUUAAGGAUGAAUUUGUGGCAUCGCCUAUGUGGCCUCAGAGACCCAGAUCCUGAAAGAUGUACUGCAAUUUGGACUACGUUUUGGGAAAGAUUCAGAACAAUUCAGCCCAAUCAUCCUGUUUUCAGAAGACGGGACAUUCCGCUGGGGAAUACCUGUGCAUUACUGUUACAUGGAGACGAGGGUCGAUCACAGAAAAAGAGUCCAAUCUUGUGUGUUUCCACACAUAGUGUGCUGGGCUACGGUUUGUCCACCUCAAAAGUUGACAAGACAGACUACUUGGCUAUGAAUUUGAAUUACGAAGAGCCAACCUGGACUACAAGGUUCUUACUGAGUGUAGCACCAAAACACCUCUAUGAGGAUGAUGAUGGUGAAGACAUCGAUGCUUUUCAGGAUCUCUUACGUGGUGUGUCCAUGGAUUUGAAGGUUCUGUGGGAGGAGGGGAUUAGUGAUGCCAACAGAAAUGAACGAUUCUUCUUCGUUGUUCUCUACAUCAUGGGGGACUGGCCGUGGCACAUUAAGGCCGGCUGCAUGAGCCGGUCGUUCCACAAUGCAGCCAAGAGGCAAAGCUCACGGGCGGAGCCUCGUGGCAUCUGUCACCUCUGCAUGGCUGAUACGAGAGGAUAUCCUUGGGAGGAUUGGCAAUGUGAUGAUCCAAAGUGGGUGGAAACAAUCAACACUGUCAGUCCCUUUUAUCGGGUACCAGCAGUACUUGAAGAACUUCCCCAUGAUGAUUCGGCUCAACCCGAUUUUUUCCCCUACGAUUUAUUCCAUGGAUGGCACAUCGGAGCUGGAAAGUCGUUUUUGUCAUCAGCUAUCGUAGCUUUGGCAUCUUCAAAUUUGUAUGAUGGGUCAAAGGAAGCCCGGUUGGAAGCUGUGUCAUUGGCUUAUGGGGCAUGGUGCCGUACCAAUCGAUACAAUCCAACCCUGAAACGGUUUACUUUGCAAAACGUGGGGUGGGUGGGAAACACCUAUCCUGCUGGAACUUGGUCCAAAGGGGCCACAACAACAGCCAUCACCAAGUGGUUUGUCGCGGAAUGCGCAGGUCGCAUAAACGAAGUUUUGGAAGAUCCUAUCCUUUCUGUUGUUUACAGCGCUGCACGUUGUAUUGACAAGUUUCUGACAGGUGUUUACAGCUUUGAACUGUGGAUACCAGCGUCUGAUGCCUUGCCCUUGGCCGCCAAUGGCUUUGGCUUUCUAAAGCAUUUUGGACGUGCUGUGAGGAUUUGCCAUGACCAGUCUCGACUUUUGUUUUUGCAAAUGCCAAAUUACCAUAGGUUGCAUCACAUUUUUCACAGAAUGCGUGAACAGGGGCGAAAAGGUCCUUUUGUGCUGAAUCCAUUAUUGGUUUCAACACAAUCUGAUGAAGAUUUCAUCGGGCGGCCCAGCCGCAUUAGCCGGCGGGUAAAUGCCCGGACUAUUGUCCAAAGGACAUUGCAAAGGGCACUCUUAGCCGCGUACGCAAAGUAUGUGGAGAAUGGCAUAAUUAUCCCAGAGCCAAGGCGUUGA